UGUCGAGACGUGAUCGCUGACGGUCGUACAUUUGUCUCUAAUAACUAAAAACUAUACGUGAUUGUAAACAGUUAUCAGUUUUAUAAGUGAUACAAAAUUAAAUAAUUUAGUAUGGCCUAGCAACAAAUAUAAGACAAUGGAUAACAUUGUCGAUCUGUUGAUGUCGAUGAAGUUAUCAGAGUAAGUCGAGGAAGCACCUGAGCCGGAACAAUUUGUGAUCUAAGAGCAAUUCGAAAGUGAAUCACGGAAAUAACGAUGUGCAAAAUGAAAUAAAAGCCAUCAUAUCAAAUUUAAAUAAUAAUAAAAAGUGAGCGGUUAUUAUUUAGUGAACAGUAAACAGAAAAAAAAUUUGGCUGUAUAUAAAAAUGUUAUUGUGAUAAGGAGUAAAAAAGAAAACAAAGAAAUAAAAAUGGCUACCUGGUUGUUGUUUGCCGCUUUAUUCUGCGGAUAUCAAGCAGCGGUUCUGCCUCCUCACUGGGCUGAUGUGAAAAGAAAUCCUUGCGCUGCUCAUCCUAAGGGAUGGUUGAUGUUGUAUUGGCCUUCAGAUGGAAAAUGUUACACUAUAUACAAGAAAGGAUAUCCAUGUCCAGACACCCAGGAACUGAGCCCUGGUCGACUGGGCGGUCGGACGGUGGCGGAGUGCAAGUGCCCGCCAGGUACCGCUCAGUUGCCACACACAAAAACUUGCCACAAGCUGUUCCAACGGGGACCAUGCCGGAAUGGGGAGUACUUCGCUCCCGUUGAAGAGUCAUUUAACAUGCGAGGUGAACGUCAAGGUAUGUGCGUGAGGCCUCAGGCGUGCGCGGACGAGACCUUGUUGUAUUGGCCACCCGAUGGUCGCUGCUACUACAGACUCACCCAGGGUCCGUGUUACCCCGGUUCUAUAUUAGAUAUAGGGGAGGAUGGGCUGGCUAACUGCACCUGCGGACCAGACAGCCCUCACUACUGGCGGGCGGACGGCGGAUGCUACGCGCACUACAGCAGGGGCCCCUGCGAGCGCGGCCAGCUGUUCCUCCCGGGCGCCCGCUGCGGCUGCGAGGCGCACCUCCCGCACUACCACAACGGCACUAAAGGAUGUUAUGAACUUGACACUCUUGGACCUUGCCCAAAAGGUCAUUUGUUCGUAAUAUCCGAGGUGUCAGAGAGCGGGUCGCGGGCGCAGUGCCGCUGUAAGAACUUCCACACGCGGGCGGCUGACGGAGCCUGUUACAGGCUCUACACCAGAGGACCUUGUGGGCAAGAUGAGAUGAUUUCUAGGGGAGGACGGUGCACCAAGGUGCCGUGCGCGCGCGGGCGGCUGUACGCGCCGGCGCGGCGGCGCUGCUACCGGCCCGGCGCCGCGGAGCCGUGCGCGCGCGGCCAGCUGCUGGCCUACGACUUCGGCGCGCGGCCCGCGCUCGACGGGCUCAGCCACAACGGCGUGUGCGUGUGCGCCGCCGGCCCGUGCGCCGGCAAGCAGGUACCAUCGUGUUCCGAUCGCAAAGGCGCAGUAAUAUUCAACGGAGCGUGUCACAUCCAGCACACGCAGGGUCCUUGUUCUGACAACUCCUGGCUAGUUAAAGAUACCAACGGACGAGUAUCCUGUCAGUGCAGACCUGAUAUCACGACGACAGAAGACUGUUCUACCGAAUUAGUGAACAGUUGA